AUGGUAAGAGUAUCAAAACCAAAUGGUUGCAUUGAAGUUGGUGAAACGUUUAUUUACAAAGUUGACUUAGUAUCAGGAUUAUAUGGGGUAGAAAAGUUCAUAGGAUUAAAAUUACCAGAUAUAGUAACCAAGAUACCGAAUAUUAAAAAUAUAAAUGUUGAAGAUAGAGCGGUUGUGAUAGACUUGCUUGCUUGGUUUAAUGAUGAAAAUUCGGGCAAUUUCUUUGUCAAGGAGGUUUGUGAACAAUUAAAAUUAACCAAGGAUCAGUAUCAUCAGUUGUUAGAGGAUAUUUAUAAUGAACUAGAAUGUACAUCCCCUGAAAUGACUUUUCGUAGGGUACAUGCCCAAAAGAUAAGUUAA